AUGGAGUGCAAUCUGAUGGGAGACUCUAAGGAAUGGUGGGUGGACACUGGUGCCACCAGACAUGUCUGUUCAAACAAGGGGAUGUUCUCCUCCUAUACUCCCACUGAUAAUGAUGAGAAACUUUAUAUGGGUAACUCAUCUACUUCAAAAGUUGAAGGUGUGGGCAAAGUGGCUUUGAAGAUGACAUAUGGCAAGAUGGUGACACUAAAUGAUGUGCUCCAUGUGCCUGAUAUUCGCAAGAACCUAGUUUCUGGAUCUCUGUUAAGCAAGAAUGGCUUUAAACUUGUAUUUGUUUCUGAUAAGUUUGUAAUUACUAAGAAUGAUGUGGAAAGCUCUCAGAUGAUUGGAAGACAAGCCCCCAACAACAUCAGAACAUGGGAUGAAUUGGCGGCUAAAUUCUUUGCUGAGCACUUCUCCAGGGAGAAAUACAACAAGUGGGUGGAAAUCACCAACUUCACUCAACAACCAGGAGAAACUCUAUGUGCAGCUUGGACCAGAUUCCAAGAACUGAUUAGAACGUGCCCCGCAUAUGAUCUGCCAGACGGAAAAAAGGUCAAAAUCUCCUACAAUGGAAUGACACCAGACUCCAGAAUGAUCAUCAAUGGUGCAACCGGUGGGACCAUAGCAAAGAAGACAGCAGCUGAAACUUUAGAGCUGAUCGACUUCAUGGCAAGGGCUGAUAACGCAUCAAUAACGGUUCAACCAGUUCAACCAAGAAGGGGACUCCUGCAGUUGGGAAACAAUGAUGCAUCACUUGCAGAACAAAAGCUCCUAUCUCAACAGAUAGCUAGUUUGAAUGCAAAGUUGGACAAGUUGCAACUCUCUACAGCUCAAGUUGACUUGGUCAACUGUGAGUAUUGCCAAUGUGAGCAUGAUACUAACCUUUGCCCAACAUUGGUAGGAACAGAUGCUUUACAAGUGAAUGGAAUCUGGUAUGAACCAAGACCACAGCAAAAUUUCCAGAGAAACCAGAACAAUGCUCCAGGAAACAACUUCCAAAGUAGAAUUCAAGGGGGAGGUUUGGAUUACAAAUCCAAAAAUUAUUUACAACCUCCUCCUAUUCCACUUAAUGAGCCAUCCGAAUUGGAGAAACUGGUGGAGACCCUAGCUUCAACUACCAAUGCUUUCAUUCAAGAGACACGAUCAAAUUUCAAGAAUCACAAGGCUUCAAUCCGAAAUCUUGAGACUCAGAUUGUACAGUUGGCCAAGCAAUUGAAUGAAAGAGCUCCUGGAACAUUCCCUAGUGACACUAUAAUCAACCCAAGGGAGCACUGCAAUGCCAUCAUUACUAAAAGCGAGGAUCUGGAAAAAGUGGAAGCUCCUACAGAAACUCUAGAGAAAAUGCCUUCGUAUGCAAAGUUCCUGAAGGAGACAUUAUCUAAGAAGCGGAAGCUCACAAAGGAUGAACCGUUCACGCUAACAGAGGAGUGCAGUGCAAUCUUACAGAAAAACUUGCCUCCAAAGUUGAAAGAUCCUGGGAGCUUCAGUAUUCCAUGCACCAUCGGCAAGACGACUAUAGAGAAAUUCUUAUGCGAUCUUGGUGCCAGCAUAAAUGUGAUGCCCCUCACACUGAUGAAGAAUCUGGGAAUUGAUGAAGUCAAGCCAACAAAGAUGAAUGUUCAACUGGCCAACCGCUCAACAAAGCAAGCACAUGAUGCCAGUCUGCCUACGAUCUUCAGGAGGCCAUUCCUAGCAACCUCAGGAGUGCUAAUCGAUGUACCUAAGGGAGAGUUAAUAAUGCGCGUGGAUGGAGAGCAAGCAACAUUCAAGGUACUUACAAAUGAAGCUCUAUUGCCUGCAUCUCAACCUAAAAACCAAGUCAACUACAUUACCGAGAAAAAGGUUGAGGAAAGGAACAAGAAAGAAGUCCAUCAGCGGCAUGAGGAAAGCAAGCCAAAGGUUAAGAUGGAAAAGCCCAAGAGCUAG